CUUCCGCAGAGUCCCGGUGUGAGCGAAGAAACAUCAAACUGAAAGUAGUGGAUCUUCAGUCUGUGGACAACUAGACUCUUUUUACAAAGGACAGUUUCACUGACGGGAAAAAAUGUCUCGAAGAUAUGAUUCCCGAACAACCAUAUUUUCUCCUGAAGGACGCCUGUAUCAGGUGGAGUAUGCGAUGGAAGCAAUCGGACACGCAGGAACAUGUCUGGGAAUCCUAGCAAACGAUGGCGUGCUGUUGGCAGCCGAAAGACGCAACAUCCACAAACUGCUGGACGAGGUUUUCUUCUCUGAGAAGAUCUACAAGCUGAACGAAGACUUGGCCUGCAGUGUCGCCGGGAUCACAUCAGAUGCUAAUGUACUGACAAAUGAGCUGCGGCUAAUUGCACAGAGGUAUUUACUGCAGUACCAGGAGCCAAUCCCCUGCGAGCAGCUGGUGACAGCUCUGUGUGACAUCAAACAAGCUUACACACAGUUUGGAGGGAAGAGGCCGUUCGGUGUCUCUCUGCUGUACAUGGGCUGGGACAAACACUACGGCUUCCAGUUGUACCAGAGUGACCCCAGCGGCAACUACGGAGGCUGGAAGGCAACCUGUAUCGGCAACAACAGCGCUGCCGCAGUGUCCAUGUUGAAGCAGGACUACAAAGAGGGUGAGAUGAAUCUGUCCUCUGCUCUGGCUCUGGCCAUCAAAGUCCUCAACAAAACUAUGGAUGUCAGCAAGCUCUCCGCAGAGAAAGUGGAAAUUGCCACCCUGACACGAGAAAACGGAAAAACGAAAAUCAAAGUGCUGAAACUGAAAGAAGUCGAGGAGCUCAUCAAAAGACACGAAGCCGAGGAGGCCAAGGCUGAGAAGGACAAAAAGGAGAAGGAGCAGAAGGAGCAGAAGGAGAAAGACAAAUGAGCUAAAUAAUGACGUUUUCCCCUCAUGUCACCAAAUCCUGUGUUGUUUUGUCUUUUACAUUAAAAGUUUUGUAAACUGA